UCCGCGGCUGUCGGGCUCACAAACGGGGCGCCGUGCGGUCAAUGGGAGCAGCGCCCGCAACGCUCCCCCAAAGGCUGAAUUUUUUGCCUCAAAUCUCCGCGUUUUGCUGCGUUUCGCCAUGGCCAUGACCGGCCCGACGCCGUGCUCCUCUAUGAGCAACCACACCAAGGAGCGGGUGACGAUGACGAAGGUGACGCUGGAGAACUUCUACAGCAACCUCAUAGCACAGCACGAAGAGCGAGAGAUGAGACAAAAGAAGCUAGAACAAAUGAUGGAAGAAGAAGGCUUGAAAGAUGAGGAGAAAAGGAUCAGGAGAUCAGCACAUGCACAGAAGGAGACCGAGUUCCUUCGCCUGAAGAGAACAAGGCUCGGCCUGGAGGACUUCGAGUCUUUAAAAGUAAUAGGCAGAGGAGCUUUUGGAGAGGUGCGUCUCGUCCAGAAGAAAGACACGGGCCACGUUUAUGCCAUGAAAAUCCUGCGUAAAGCUGAUAUGCUGGAGAAAGAGCAGGUUGGCCACAUCCGUGCUGAGCGGGACAUCCUUGUGGAAGCAGACAGCCUGUGGGUAGUGAAGAUGUUCUAUAGCUUUCAGGAUAAGCUGAACCUCUACCUUAUCAUGGAGUUCCUGCCUGGAGGUAACUGCACGAAGUCAAAAGGCUGCUUUCCUUCCCUCUGAGGGCUUCUAAUCUCUUUCUAAUUACAAGUAUGAUCAGGGACUGGGGUUUGUAG